AUGAUUCGACGUCAAAUCUUAUUAGUCUGUCUUUUUGGACUUAUAUUUCAAAUAUUUUUCUCGUCGACGAAUACACUUUUGAUAAAUGAUAUUAAACCCAUUGAUUCAAUUAACAUCAGUGCAAGCAACAAAUGUGAAUCGGCAUCGAUUGAUGAAUUUCCGACAUUGUUUUUUACUACUGAACAACUACGUCAAGGUGGCGUUUUGAUUCACAUCGCGCUCAUACUCUACUCAUUUGCAGCAAUUGAAAUUGUUUGUGAUGAUUACUUUGCAUCCGCACUAGAGAAAAUCAGUUAUAAUUUGAAUCUAACACCGGAUGUAGCUGGUGCGACUUUUAUGGCAUUGGCAACGUCGGCUUCGGAAUUUUUCACAUCAAUUGUCGGUGUUUUCUUUGUGAAAUCAGAUAUUGCAUUGGGUACAAUCGUCGGUUCUGCUGUUUUUAACGUACUGUUCGUCAUUGCCCUAUGCGCACUCAUAUCAACAACCGUGUGCCAAUUAGAUGCAUAUCCAAUCGUUCGAGAUGCUGGCUUCUACUGUGUUGCCGUCGCUGUUCUACUUGUCAUUAUCUAUGAUCAACGAGUUUACUGGUAUGAGGGUUUAGGACUUGUUCUGCUGUAUUUCGUUUACGUUGCCAUCCUGAAAUUCAAUGAUCGCAUAGCACGCCUAACGCAUGGGAAAACAUCGUCAUCGAAUUCAACGCAUACGAAAUCGAGUGAGCAUCAUCUAGAACAAUUGCAAUCAUUGAAUGAUAGUAGUGAUGUCGAACAAAAUCUUGCCUUACGUCCUCGUUCUGUAUCUGAAUCGGUUAUGAUGAAUACAGCAACGACGAUUAUGGGUAAUCAUUACAUGCAACGUCGUUCAACAUAUAAACCGUGUCAAAAACGUUUGAAAGACACAUUGGAUAAUCAUCAAAUAGUUGCAAAUGCAACUGAAAUAUUCGAUCCAUUGAAAUUACCGACGAAGAAAUACAAGAUUUUGAAAUGGAUUCUAAUGUAUCCGGUUCGAUUACUUAUGCACAUCACCAUUCCUGAUUGCCGAAAAGAAGUUUUUCAUAAUUAUUACAUGCUGACAUUUGUCAUGUCAACGAUUUGGGUUGCUGGUCUCGCCUAUCUUCUCGUCUGGCUCGUUGUCAUUGUUGGUUACACAUUGAACAUCCGAGAUAGCAUUAUGGGUUUAACAAUCUUAGCAGUUGGUUCAUCAAUAGAAGAGAUUUUCUCUGCUAUUGUUAUGACACGACGCGGCCAUCCUGAAAUGGCGAUAGCGGGUUCAAUUGGUUCGAACGUUUUCGACAUCCUCAUGGGUUUAGGUAUACCAUGGCUGUUUCGUAAUCUCAUGCGAUUUACAUAUCAACCACCGCCGCCAUUAUUACACGAUGCAGUUCUGAAUACUCUAACAUCAGGUUCAUCGAUGGAAAAUAGUUUGACGAUUCCAUCAACAAAUGCUCCGUUCUACGUUGAAAUUCACUCUCGGGGCUUAAUCUACUCAACCAUUGUGCUUUUUGUGGCAUUAAUUAUUUUCCUUGUAACAUUCUUUAUCAAUCGAUGUCGUCUUACGAAACUCUAUGGCGUGUUUUUAAUCAUAAUUUGGCUUACUGUCAUUACAUUGAUGUGCUUGUUCGAACUGAACGUCUUCGGCUCUGUACAUCACGAACCUUGCCAAAAUCGACCGAGUAGUGCUGUAUAA